AUGGCUGCCGCCCCCGCCUCCUCGGGGGGCCGGGGAAAGGCCGGGCCUGGGGAGCUCAGCCCCCCGGCCCUGACGCCGGACGACCAGGAGACCCUCCACUACCUGUGGGAAAGGAUGUUCGAGGAAGCCGAUGAGACCGGCCGGCUCGUGGUCAUCAAGUUCUUCACAGAUUACCCCGAGACAAAGCAGUACUUCAAAACCAUCCCCACGGAGGGGGGGCUCCACAACAACUCCCUGGUGGCCUUCCACGGCCGGAGAGUCAUGGUGGCCGUGAACCAAGUCUUCGAGAACCUGGACAACUGGAAGCAGACCUGCAAGCUGCUGGAGUGCCUGGUGGACUCGCACAAGAACGUCCACCGAGUGCCGGUGGUCCUGUUCCAGGCAAUGUUCCGGUCUCUGCUGAGCGUCUGCCAAGACCUCCUGGGGAACGAGUUCACCGAUGAGAUGCUAGUCUCCUGGGAGAAGCUCUUUAGAGCCCUCUACGAAGAAAUCGUGGCCGCCUACGCUCGGAACCACCUUGGUUAGGACCAGACCGCCCAGCAGUUCCCCCCACCCUGCGUUCGUAUAUCUGGGCCACAAUGACAGGGGCAGUGGGGCGAAAGCGCCAGGGUUCCUUUGGAUUCUCCCCGCAGGCAGGGGACUCUGCGUUCACCUGGGGACGGAAGCCGGAAGCCCUUCCGGGCAAGACCUGUGCAGAAGUCGCGCCCCCGCCCCUGUCUCCUCUACCAGAGGGGCCCUCUGGAUCCAAGCCGGGGAGGAGGGCUGAGGAGAGGCAGGAAGGGCCAGGAGUUCCGGGGGAGGGUUAGGACAUGGAGCUGCGGGAGCCUCUUCGUGGCUCCCAGUGUGGCCGGUCCAGCCACUGGCCGGAGUCCCGGUCCUGGUUUUUCUGGGAGGGACUCUAAAGCAGUGUGCCAGCCCCACCUGGUGGACGGGCGAUGGUGUGGCUGCCCUCCGGGAUUACCCUUGGCAGUUUUUGGCGUCCUUCCCCGUCUGGCAAUGGGGGGGGGGG